AUGGAAUCCAUUCUAUUCCUCUACUUCCUCUCCAUCUUCCAAUUCAUCGGAAUUUUUAUAAACCUUCUCCAAAUACUUGUCCUCCUUCAAAAAGAAUUGCGCGCCAACGCCACGUAUCGAUUGAUGACGUGGAUAUGUUUCUCUGAUAUUCUCUCUCAAAUCUCCACAUUUUUUGCGUUUUCCCCUUUCUGGAUUCACGAGAAUUCCGGCAAUUGCAAGACACUCCUCGACACAAUCUCUUAUUUGCUCGGCACAAUAUUUUCCGACACCUUCCAAAGGGUCUCCAUCUGGUUGGCUCUUCUCAUAUGUGUCUAUGAGGUCAUGAAAGUAACAAAGCCUACAAAAGUGAUGACUACCGUAUUCUGUUUCGUUUUGUUGUCUGUAGUUUGGUCGUAUUUGGUGAAUUUGAGGAAUGUUGUGAUGCCAGUGGAGAUAAUGGAAGAGGGCUGCUCCCCUGGCACCGGAACUCGAUACGAAAUCGUGGUGGCUCAGAAGCAUCGAGUCCUCCAUGACAGGAUUUUGAUACUUGAUGGGAUAGUGAAGCUGAUUCCAAAUUUUAUGGAAGUGAUUUUGAUGGCGCUAUUGUUCAAAGCGGAGAAAGCCAAAUGUGUGGAUGAAAGGAAAAAACGAGAAAACCUCACUCGACUCAUCCUUAUCUUCAUGAUACCAUAUAUAUUAUCUGGAAUCCCAGGCACUUCUAUAAAUGUCUUGCAGCUGAUCUACCCGGAACACUCCAUGGUUAUGUAG